AUGCUGUUCGGCCGUGUGUCGAAACCUUCGUCGAAAGACUUCACCGGCACGUCCCUGUAUAUCUGGUAUGACUACUUCUCCUGCCCUCAAGACAAUCAUGGAGAAGCCCCACUCCACCGACGGCAGGCCAUCAACUCAAUCGUGAGUUAUAUUUCUCAGUGCAAGUACUUCGUCAUCCUCUGUCCGGCCUUGACCCAUGUGGAUCUCCACCAGGAGCUUGGUCAGGAGACCUGGGCGGAGCGAACGGAGCGCUUGGCCAGGGAGCUUGCAGAGCGCAAGGAUGGUCUCACAGUUCUCUGGGUGGAUGGUGCCACCAUCGUGAUCGAGAGCGCUUCACAGCUCUACCUAAUGUUGGAUGCGCGCAGAUACCUGGAUGCACCGGGAGAUGGACAAUUUACGGUCGAGCAGGACAGGCUCCAGAUUGCCCGGGUGCUGGUUCAGAUGGUGUGGAAGAAGCUCCUGUACUUGCUGGAUCAGGGUGACUGGCAUGGCUACCGAUUCCUGCUGAACACGCAGGCCACAUGCAUCUUCAAAGGCCUGGACGUCGCCCCUCUGGAGGGCCUAAUGCCGGGCUUUGUGCCAAGAAGUGAUCCCUUUGUUGACCGUACAGCAUACCAUGUGGAGUGGUUUCUGCAUGAGAACGGCUUCCGGAGCAUUUCGGAGCGAGACAAAGCUGGAUGGACGCCCCUGUGUUAUGCAGCCAUGACUGGCAAUGCAAGCUUGGUGGAGUCCUUGCUGGAAAAACGUGCAGACUGCAACGAGAAGAUCACCAAACAGAAGCCCGAGCUAAGCAUGUCGAAAGGCAUGCCGGUUCUCUCCCUUGCCACGCUUUUUCAGAGCAACGAGGUCGUGAAGGUACUGCUGGCCGCUAAGGCGAAGGUGAACGCGCGAGACAGUCGCCAUUCCAUCCCCUUGCAUUGGGCAUGCCACUCCGACAACCUAGAAGCAGCGCGAAUUCUUCUUCAUGCUGGGGCUGAUCUGCGUAUGACGCAGCUGUUGGGAUUCGACGCCUUCGCGUGUGCAGCGGGUUCAGGUGCCGUGAAAGUCACGCGAGAGCUGCUUCGGAUUGACCCGGAGGUGAGCCUUCGGUACCGACUCCAUGGUGCUCUCAUCUUCUUUUCCAGCUCCACGGAGAUCGUCGCCACGCUGCUGGAGGCCAAGGCAGACGUCGACGAGCAGCUCCAAAUUGCAAACUCUAUCUGGCGGACGAUGUUCAUGGCCUUGAGCCUCCGUCAUCGCAUCAGCCCAUCACUGUUGACGAAACUUGCGCACCAUCACCAGCGUGCGACGCCCCUGAUGUUGAGCAUCCUGUGCGGAGGCUUCGGGGCUUCCCGGUUGCUGCUCCAAGCCGGCGCGGACGUGAACAUCCGAAACAGCAGGGGGAAAACCGCGGCCGAUCUGGCUCGGGAGGUGGAGGCGCCCCCGGCCGUCGUCGCCCAAUUAGAGGGCCAGGAGGAGGGCGUCUGCGCCACGCCCUCUACGUUCUCCAUCUGA